CAGGAAAAAAAUUGUCCCACUCAAAAAACACAGUUUUAUGAAGCGAACUACCGAGCACUUCUAUCUGCUGUUUUGCCACCGCUUUACGCGCGAAAUGAAGCCUUAAACUUGUUGCAAUUUACUCCGAAUGUUAUCAGAGACAGACGAUUGAGCAGUAUGCUGUUUUAUCAACUGGAUUAAACUUUAAAAAAUCCGAACCAAAAAAAUGGAGAGAACAGCUGAGUCCUGUUGUGGAGUCCUGCUGUCGUAUGUAGCUAGCUAGCUAAUUUGGAAAUAGCUAAGGUGAGAUUUUAUGUUGUUUUGAUACUUCAGAGUUCAGAAUAAUAUGAAAUGUACUAAUACAAGGGUAUUGUUAACCAACAGUUUAUGCUAAAGGAUAAAUGUCAAUUUUUUUUAAACAUUCGAUCAAGAUAAAAUGGCAUGGCCGUCAACUUUAUCUCACAAAUUGUUUAGAUCCCCACCACAAACAAAUGUACUAAAACAAAACUUUUAGGCCUAUACUUUUCGGUUAUGCUACAGAGGAAUAGGCAACUAUCGUCGGCAUUUAGGUUCUCUACAAUCAUCAUGGCCGACAAAGUAACCUUGUUGGCUACACCCCCCCAAAUUAUACAAUGCUGCCAUAACCUGCAACAAUGUAAAAUUCUCAAAUUUGGAUAGAUUGUAGAUUUGAUACAUGGCAGCUGUUGCCAAUGGCACUAUUUUCCUCGUUUGCAAGGCCAGUGUAUGAUGUAGCCAGGCCAUAGAGAGAAAUAGAGGACUCUAGUGCCCAAAAGCCCGUUUCAGCAUGGGGACUUAAACCAUGUUGAAGUAGUCAACUGGGUGAGACACUGGGGCCUUUUUUUAAAGUCCGCCCUCCUCCCUCUCUCCUCCACGACCCCAGAAACCUAUGUGGUCGAUUGGUGAAGGAGAUGUCAAUUCAUUAGUAGGCGAACGGAAGAGUGUCCUCCCCUCAUCAACAGCCACCUUUUAUCAAGGAUAGUCAUGUGUAUCCUACCAGAGUCCUUUGCGGAAGAGUUUGGAAAUAUGCCACACCCCCAUUGAAUCAGCUUUUAUGUUGUCAGAGUAGAAAAGCAUGCACACGUUUAAAAACAAUAUGCUACUUAUCGUUUUAUCUAUAAAAUGUAUUGCACAACUAACUUAAUUUGUUUUGGGAUCCACCCAUGUAAAGAGACUGAACAAUUUUCAAUGCAAUGCAUCUCAAUUGGAAAUAGUGCUUUUACAUAAUGUAGAAACCUAAUAUGCCACAAAUGACUUUUUAAUUUAAAUGACAGGUAUAUCUUUCAAUAGCUUUUUAUAUUAAACAAAUGUAUUUACAGGGUUACAUUAGUUUCUAGGGCACAACAUGUGCUUCAGAAGUAGCUAGAAUUCAUAUAGGCUAUAUCUCAAUAAUUUUAUAAAAUCUUAUUUUCUGGUACUCCUACAUUUUAUGUUGCGCUUCUAGCUUUUUAAAGUUGGGAGCACCAGUGCUACCAAUAAAACAUGUAAAUUUAGAGCCCUGCUCAUGAGCAAACAUUCCAUAACUGCAGGUGGCAGUAUAUCGCCGACCUUGGCUUUAUACCUGUUCAAACAACACACUCCAGGUGGCAGUAUGCACCCUUUCAGUUUGUUUGCCGACUCAUAGAAGUAGUAGAAGAAAAUGUACUACUUCAAAAUGGAGAUGGCCUCAAUGGCGCUGCCAUGCUCUCACAGACGCUAUAAUGGGACAGAUCCAAUAAUGCGAUGUCUAUCUAAGUCUGAGACGGGCCUAAAGCAUAAAUGUAAAUGAACCUGGGGGGCCCAGUUGGUGGGAUGCCUGAACCGUUACUUAGCCGUAUGUCAACACAUGUAUGCAGACUUUCUUAUAGGCAAUCUUGGUAGGCCCGAUUUAUAGAAUGUUUACCAGAGAAGUGUUGAUUCUACUAACAUAAUUCUUGAUUUAAUUUUUCAUGCCACACCGCUUCUCAGUUUAAGUAGGAAAUGUGAUGCAUUUCCAUAGCACAGAAAAUAGGCUUAUGUGCUACUAGGUUAUGUUUGGUCAAAUCAGUCAUCAUUCAGGGUGCACUUUUUCUGGUGUUGAACUUGGUAUUGAACAAUGAUUUAUUUAAAAUGUGUCAUAAAAAAUAUAUAUUUUACUUUGAAUUCUUUCUUUCAGAAUUGCCCAAUUUUCAUCAGUCCACUACUGUGUGGAGAAGCUAUUUUCUGAGUGGCCUGCCACACUGAUUGCCAUUGAUAAAGUAGGUUCAGUGGGCCACUGCAGCAUUUUUCAAGAGCAUUGGCUGCCUGCUGUGUCUUGAUGCUCUUCAGUGCCUGGAUGUUGCGUGGGCGAUAAGGAUGUCCUGCUGGUCAGGAUUGUGAUGUGAUGGGGUGCAGGACAAGCAAGGUCCUCCCUGAGCCACCUGGAGAUGUCCAGCUAGACUUGGUCAAAAAGGUGGAGCCCCCUAAGACCGACAUCUACAAACAUUUCAUCCGAGGCGACGGCAGUGGGAGUAAAAUGGGAGGGGAGAAAACAGGCUCUCUCUCCCCACAGGCCCAGGCAGCUUUCCCAGCUGCCCAAGCACCCCCAGAUACAGGCCAACCAGAGGCCUCUGACCCACGCAGAAACAAAGUAGCCAAGUACAGAGCGAAGUUUGACCCACGGGUCACAGCCAAAUAUGACAUUAAGGCCCUGAUAGGCCGUGGUAGCUUCAGCCGGGUGGUGCGAGUGGAGCACAAGAGCACGCGUCAGCCCUACGCCAUCAAGAUGAUAGAGACGCGCUACAGAGAGGGACGUGAGGUAUGUGAGUCAGAGCUGUGUGUCCUGCGGCGUGUACGCCACACUAACAUUAUCCAGCUGAUGGAGGUGUUUGAGACAGCUGAGAGAGUGUACAUGGUGAUGGAGCUGGCUACAGGAGGAGAGCUUUUUGACCGUAUCAUCGCCCGUGGGUCUUUCACAGAGCGUGAUGCUACACGGGUCCUACAGAUGGUACUGGACGGGGUCAAGUAUCUACAUACACUUGGCAUCACCCACCGUGACCUCAAGCCUGAGAACCUGCUCUACUAUCACCCUGGGGCGGACUCAAAAAUUAUGAUCACUGACUUUGGGCUGGCCAGCACUCGUAAGAAGGGGGAUGAGUGCUUGAUGAAGACCACUUGUGGUACACCAGAGUACAUUGCACCAGAGAUCCUGGUGCGGAAGCCAUACACUAAUGCUGUAGACAUGUGGGCUUUGGGGGUAAUUUCCUACAUUCUGCUGAGUGGAACCAUGCCCUUUGAGGAUGACAACCGCAUGCGCCUCUACCGCCAGAUCCUCAAAGGGAAGUACAGCUUCUCUGGGGAGGUAAGCAUCUAUGACCUCACACACUCUCUUCAUCCAUUUAGUUUCUGUAUCUUACUAAUUUGUUGUCCUCUCUGCUUCUCAAUAAUUCUACAACCCAUAUCGAGCACUCCUCCUUUGAUGUGUUGAGUGCACACUAGCUCUCAAAAAACCCUCCUUUUCAGCGGUUACAUUCGCUUACUGUUGGCUCCAUGUGAACUACAAUUCCGAUGCUGUGUUUCAAUGUUUAGAAACGUCAAUAGUCAUCCCUUUCAAACCGGUUUUCGAAACAUAUGUUGAUAUUAGGGCCGGGACGAUACUCGUUAGUAUUGUGGCAAGUAGUGCUCAGUGAUUAACCAAACUGUCAGUUAUUUGUCGGUUUUUUAUUAAUUGAAUUCCAUUUUGUACGUUUUCUUUUCUGUGAGAUCAAUGCGCAGUUCAUCUAGAGAUAAAUCAGAUCAAGACGGAACUGUGCGAUGUGGCAGAACGAGGACACGGAUAAUAUACAGUUGGCUGGGUUUUCUGUUCAUCGGCAAGACAGAACAGCAACCUCCGGUAAGACGAGGGGUGGUGGUCUGUGGCAAUUUGUCAACAACAGCUGUCUCGAGAUUUUGCUCGCCUGAGGUAGAGUACCUCAUGAUAAGCUGUAGACCACACUAUUUACCAAGAGAGUUUUCAUCCAUAUUUUUUGUAGCUGUCUAUUUACCACCACAAACCGAUGCAUGCACUAAGACCGCACUCAACAAGCUGUAUAAGGCCAUACGCAAACAAGAGAAUGCUGACCCAGAAGCGGUGCUCCUAGUGGCCGGGGACUUUAAUGCAGGGAAACUUAAAUCCGUUUUACCUCAUUUUUCCCAGCAUGUCACAUGUGCAACUAGAAGAAGAAAAAACUCUAGACCACCUUUACUCCACACAUAGAGACGCAUACAAAGCUCUCCCUCGCCCUCCAUUUGGCAAAUCUGUCCAUAAUUCUAUCCUCCUGAUUCCUGCUUACAAGCAAAAACUCAAGCAGGAAGUACCAGUGACUCCCUCCAUACGGAAGUGGUCUGAUGACGCGGAUGCUAAGCUGCAAGACUGUUUUGCUAGCACAGACUGGAAUAUGUUCCGGGAUUUAUCCGAUGGUAUUGAGGAGUACAACACAUCAGUCACCGGCAAUAAGUGCAUCAACGACGUCGUUCCCACAGUGACCGUACAUGCAUAUCCCAACCAGAAGCCAUGGAUUACAGGCAACGUCCGCACUGAGUUUAAGGCUAGAGCCGCUGCUUUCAAGGAGCGGGACACUAAGACAUCCCGCGAUGCCCUCCGACGAAUCAUCAAACAGGCAAAGCGCCAGUACAGGACUAAGAUUGAAUCGGAUGUGGCAGUGCUAGCAAACUAUUACGGAUUACAAAGGGUACAGCUCAGCAUUCAACACCAUAGUGCCCUCAAAGCUCAUCACUAAGCUAAGGACCUUGGGACUAAACACUUCCCUCUGCAACUGGAUCCUGGACUUCCUGACGGGCCGCCACCAGGUGGUUAGGGUAGGCAACAGCAUCUGCCACGCUGAUCCUCAACAUAGGGGCCCCUCAGGGGUGCAUGCUCAGUCACCUCCUGUACUCCCCCUUCACUCACAACUGCGUGGCCAUGCGUGACUCCAACACCAUCAUUAAGUUUGCCGACAUCACAACUGUGGUAGGCCUGAUCACCGACAGUGAUGAGACAGCCUAGAGGGAGGAGGUCAGAGGACAACAACCUCUCCCUCAACAUGAGCAAGACAAAAGAGCUGAUCGUUGACUACAGGAAAAGGGGGGCCGAGCACUUUAUUUUAUUUUAUUUUUUAUAAAACAUUUAGCAAAUAUUUAAAAAAAUAAUCUGCGUUGUUGGUUAAGGGCUUUUAAGUAAGCAUUUCUCAGUAAGGUUUACACCUGUUGUAUUCGGCGCAUGUGACAAAUAAAAUCAGAUUUCAUGUAGUAGGGAGUUGUAGUUUCCAACAGGCCAAUAUUCUACAUAGUUUAGCGCAGAGAACGUGGUAAUUAACUACAAUGACCAUAAUCUAUUGCGUGCCCGUCUACUUGUCCGGUCUGUGUGGAGCAGACAUGAAGAUGGAGAGAAGAGAGAACCUGCGAUUGAGAGGGAUAGAAAGCAGUUCAUUAUCACUACCUGAAAAUACAUGAUUUAAGUGAUUGAUAGUUGGUAUUCAGCAGUCAUACUUAAGUCAUAAGUAUGCCAUAUUUACUUUGAAGAACUACAAAAUAGUGAUUUUGUCAGACAGCAUAGGCAGCAGCUCUAUAGAGAUGAGAUGAUGACUUGGAAUGAAAUAAGUCAUCAAAUAAACCAAAUGUAAUAUACACAACUGAAAUAUUUUAUUAAAGUUGUGGAUAAAUGAUGGUUAACCCCUCUCCUACAAUUUCCGCGGCCCUGUGGAAAUCUAAUUAACAUAAUACAAAAAUCCCCAUCAAAAUCCGUCUUUUUAAGCUAGAGAAAUGUGUUUUUGCAUGGGGUGCGUCUCAGUCCACCGCAUCCGCCGAUAUCACCCUUCUGCAUCUGCGGUGAAAGGUGGCAGAGCUAGAGCGGUGUUUGUCCGACCAUAAGACAUCCUGAAAAUUGGUCUUCUCAUGAAAAUGUCUGUAGCGUCCACACGGUUUGUCAUACAAACUAUUAUGACCCCUCUGUGGAAAGAUGAGUCUCACGAACAGGAUGGUGUUCUCCGCUUUGCUCUACGACCACAAGCCUCAAGGGACUCGUCUGAAGUCGGUACAGCCUCUUCUGACAACUUCUGUCUGUAGCGUCUGCACAGUUUGGGCUACACACUAAUAUGUGUAAAGGUGAGUCUCUCACGAACACGUACAUGUUGUUUGUUUUGCUCUAGGACGCCCACAAGACUCGUCUGAAGGUCUGACUUUAAUGGAAGUACACUACAUGACCAAAACUAUGUGGACACCUGCUCGUCGAACAUCUCAUUCCAAAUUCAUGGGCAUUAAUGUGGAGUUGGUCCCCCCUUUGCUGCUACAACAGCCUCCACUCUUUUGGGAAGGCUGCAGGGACUUGCUUCCAUUCAGCCACAAGAGGAUUAGUGAGGUCGGGCACUGAUGUUGGGCGAUUAGGCCUGGCUCACAGUCAGCUUUGCAAUUCAUCCCAAAGGUGUUCGAUGGGGUUGAGGUCAGGGCUCUGUGCAGGCCAGUCAAGUUUUUCCACACUGAUCUCUACAAACCAUUUCUGUAUGGACCUCGCUUUGUGCACGGGGAUAUUGUCAUGCUGAAACAGGAAAGGGCCUUCCCCAAACUGUUGCCACAAAGUUGGAAGCAAAGAAUUGUCUAGAAUGUCAUUGUAUGCUGUAGCCUUAAGAUUUCCCUUCACUGGAACUAAGGGGCCUAGCCCGAACCAUGAAAAACAUGCCUAAAAUAAGGGGUUAAAUUGUUUAUUUUUAUUAUAAUAAUAAUCCUGAUCUUUCUUACGUCUCAGAUAUAGGACAGAAACUUCAGAACGAACUUACUUAGUAAAAAAUUGUUUGACUAUCUGUUGUUCCAUGAAAUGGAUCUGUUAUUCAAUGCAUUUCUAUGUGUUAAUAGCAGUAAUGCCAAAUUCAAUGUUUCAUCAAAUAAUUUUUUUAUAUGUAUUUUUUUUGUACCUUAAGGGGUCUUAAAAUUCCAAAUCAAAUAGCAAAAUGAUCCUUGGUAUGACCAUCAUAAAACAAUUUCAUAUGAUAAAUUAUUUCUCGCUGAAAUGAAAGAUUCGUUCCUUAUGUUUCCAAAACCGUAUCGCAAGAGAUGCGUUACAACGUUCAGAACGAGCGUCUGGGAUCUUAACAAAACUCCCCCGACCACUGUUGUUCAAUUCAUACUGAAUGCAUUGCAUACAGUUGCUAAUGUGUUAGCCUAGGUUUCAUUUGAAUCAAAAACAUGUCUGUGUUUCUGGACUGGGCACAAUGCUCAUGUCAUGUUGUUUCUGAGCUUUCACCACGACCCCCCUACGUGACUUUGUGAUGUUAGGCUGGAGUUCCUGGCAGCAACCGCAGUAUGCUCAAUGUGUGUGUGCGUCAGAGCCUUCUACUUUGAAUCAGACGGGUUCAGCUUCUCUCAGUGGGGGUAACAUACAUGGGUGUAGCUAUGCUUCCUUUUAUAAAGGCCUAACUUUAAUACACACAUAUGUUUUGGUCCCCUAAAAUGGGGGGACUAUGUACAAAAAGUGCUGCAAUUUCUAAACGGUUCACCCGAUAUGGAUGAAAAUACCCUCAAAUUAAAGCUGAGAGUCUGCACUUUAACCUCACUUUAACCUAAUUCUAUCAUUUCAAAUCCAAAGUGCUGGAGUACAGAGCCAAAACAACAAAAGAUGUCACUGUCCCAAUACUUUUGGAGCUCACUGUAUAACUACGUUGUAUGAUUUAUGAAUGGCAAGGAUAUAUGAGAUCGACUUUUCAGUCAGUUCGACACGUUUUAUAAACAAGUCAAGCUUGCUGUUCGUCAAUCAAAGCACAGUAAAUAGCUUAUGCGCCACCACUCCGUGGCUGCAUAUGAAACACGCUAGGGUCCAAUGGUAACUUUUUUUCUCACUGGCCCACCCGGGCCAGUUGGCUAAAAAUCUACUGUCCCGAACAGAAUUUCUACUGGCCCAGAUGUGGUGUAGUUCUUAAAUGCAUUGGGAUAAUGCAGGGCCUAUAGGUUGGCAUGCUUUCUCUCUAUAUUCGGCUAUAUUUGGUCAUUAUGAAAUGCAUAAAAAAUUAGGGAUGGGCACGGUUAUUCAAAAAUCCGAACUGACAUUCGUUUUCGAUUACUUGGGAGAGUAUUCAUUUUUUUGAAGAAAUACAAAAUAUAGGCCUAUUUUAACAACGAAAAGGCUUUGUCUAAAAUGUAGGACAGUUACAGUUGAAGUCGGAAGUUUACAUACACCUUAGCCAAAUACAUUAAACUCAGUUUUUCACAAUUCCUGACAUUUAAUCCUAGUAAAAAUUCCCUAUCUUAGGUCAGUUAGGAUCACCACUUUAUUUUAAGAAUGUGAAAUGUCAGAAUAAUAUUAGAAUGAUUUAUUUCAGCUUUUAUUUCUUUCAUCACAUUCCCAGUGGGUCAGAAGUUUACAUACACUCAAUUAGUAUUGGGUAGCAUUGCCUUUAAAUUGUUUAACUUGGGUCAAACGUUUCGGGUAGGCUUCCACAAGCUUCCCCCAAUAAAUUGGGUGAAUUUUGUCCCAUUCCUCCUGACAGAGCUGGUGUAAUGAGUCAGGUUUGUAGGCCUCCUUGCUCGCACACGCUUUUUCAGUUCUGCCCACAAAUGUUCUAUAGGAUUGAGGUCAGGGCUUUGUGAUGGCCACUCCAAUACCUUGACUUUGUUGUCCUUAAGCCAUUUUGCCACAACUUUGGAAGUAUGCUUGGGGGUCAUUGUCCAUUUGGAAGACCCAUUUGCGACUAAGCUUUAACUUCCUGACUGAUGUCUUGAGAUGUUGCUUCAAUAUAUCCACAUAAUUUUCCUUCCUCAUGAUGCCAUCUAUUUUGUGAAGUGCACCAGUCCCUCCUGCAGCAAAGCACCCCCACAGCAUAAUGCUGCCACCUCCGUGCUUCACGUUUGGGAUGGUGUUCUUCGGCUUGCAAGCAUCCCCCUUUUUCCUCCAAACAUAACGAUGGUCAUUAUGGCCAAACAGUUAUAUUUUUGUUUCAUCAGACCAGAGGACAUUUCUCCAAAAAGUACGAUAUUUGUCCCCAUGUGCAGCUGCAAACCAUAGUCUGGCAUUUUUAUGACGGUUUUGGAGCAGUGGCUUCUUCCUUGCUGAGCGACCUUUCAGGUUAUGUUGAUAUAGGACUCGUUUUAGUGUGGAUAUAGAUACCUUUGUACCCGUUUCCUCCAGCAUCUUCACAAGGUCCUUUGCUGUUGUUCUGGGAUUGAUUUGCAUUUUUCGCACCAAAGUACGCUCAUCUCUAGGAGACAGAAUGCGUCUCCUUCCUGAGCGGUAUGACGGCUGUGUAGUCCCAUGGUGUUUAUACUUGCGUACUAUUGUUUGUACAGAUGAACGUGGUACCUUCAGGCAUUUGAAAUUGCUUCCAAGGAUGAACCAGACUUGUGGAUGUCUACCAUUUUUUUCUGAGGUCUUGGCUGAUUUGUUUUGAUUUUCCCAUGAUGUCAAGCAAAGAUGCACUGACUUUGAAGGUAGGCCUUGAAAUACAUCCACAGGUACACCUCCAAUUGACAAAUUAUGUCAAUUAGCCUAUCAGAAGCUUCUAAAGCCAUGACAUCAUUUUCUGGAAUUUUCCAAGCUGUUUAAAGGCACAGUCAACUUAGUGUAUGUAAACUUCUGACCCACUGGAAUUGUGAUACAGUGAAUUAUAAGUGAAAUAAUCUGUCUGUAAACAAUUGUUGGAAAAAUUACUUGUGUCAUACACAAAGUAGAUGUCCUAACCGACUUGCCAAAACUAUAGUUUGUUAACAAGAAAUUGUGGAGUGGUUGAAAAACGAGUUUUAAUGACUCCAACCUAAGUGUAUGUAAACUUCCGACUUCAACUGUGUAUGUGACAUUGCUACAUAGCCUACAACGAUAGACCAUUACAUUCCAAAUUUUAAUAAAACAACAGUUUUAUUACAGUUUUUAUGAGUAGCCUACACAGGUUUCGAAGUGUGUGGCUUGUUAUUGUCAGUUAAUCAUUGCAGCGCUACAGUCAGAGUCUCCAUGUGUAGCAAGUGAAGUGGGAGAUUUCUAAUCAAUGCAAAAUAGGAUUAAAAUUCCAGGAUUAAAUUGGCUAAAUGAGAAGGAGUAGUCUACAAUGAUCAACCAACGGUUAGGCUGUUGUUCAAUGUGAAUGGAUUUUGUGUCUUUUCGCAUUGUUUGUAACUUAUUUGGUACAUAUUGUUGCUGCUACCAUCUCUUAUGACCGAAAAUAGCUUCUGGAUAUCAGAACAGCGAUUACUCACCUCAAAAUAUCUUAUGUUUCACUGAGUCGUGGCUGAACGAUGACAUGGAUAAUAUACAGUUGGCUGGGUUUUCUGUGCAUCGGCAGGACAGGCGAUACAGAGGGUAGUGCAUACGGCCAAUACAUCACUGGGGCCAAGCUUCCUGCCAUCCAGGACCUAUAUACGAGGCGGUGUCAGAGGAAGGCCCCAAAAAUGGUCAAAGACUCCAGUCACCCAAGUCAUAGACUGUUCUCUCUGCUACCGCAUGGCAAGCGGUACCGGAACGCCAAGUCUAGGUCCAAAUGGCUCCUUAACAGCUUCUACCCCCAAUCCAUAAGACUGCUGAACAAUUAAUCAAAUGGCCACCCAGACUAUUUACAUUGACCCCCCCCCACUUUUUGUUUUUACAGUGCUGUUUAUUAUCUAUGCAUAGUCACUUUACCCCAACCUACGUGUACAAAUUACCUCGACUAACCUGUACCCCGACCGGUACCCCCUGCAUAUAGCCUCGUUAUUGUUAUUUUAUUGUAACUUUUUAUUUUAUUUUUUACUUAAAUUUAUUUCCUAAAUAUUUUCUGAACUCUAUUUCUUGAACUGCAUUGAUGGUUAAGGGCUUGUAAGUAAGCAUUUCACGGUAAGGUCUACACCUGUUGUAUUCGGCACAUGUGAAAAUUAAAAUUUGAUUUGUAGACAAGGAUGGGAAGUGCAGCAAAAUAGCCUCAAUUAGCUAGCCUCAAUCUAAGAUUUAAAGAUGCAUCAACUGGCAUGGGUUACUAAUAUGGCUAGGAUUAUACCUUUGGCUGCUGGACAAUAAAAUAAAGUUGAUUUGAAAACCAAUAUAACAUGAGAAAAAUGCUGGUUUCAAUGGCAUAUUAUGUUAACAUAUUAACAAGCCUUUAGAUGUUAAUAUUAAUGAUCUUUUGUUAUAUUUGUCAAACAUGACUGGCGUUUAGCCUAUAUUUAUGUAAUUAAAAGUCUCAUUAAAGUUUGGCUACAUUUUCUGGCGCCUCCCUCAUGUCAGCAUCGGUUUGGACAUAAGACUGUAGGCAUUAUGCACAUAGGCUUUUUAUUUAUGUACAUUAAAAAUAUAUUAAAAUGUUAUUCCAAUGUUGGCCUCUGAUCAAAUUCUGAUCAGAGUAGUUGUUUGAUAUUGUGAACUUAAAUCUAUAUUCUUCUUGUCCCACGACCAAUUUUUUUUACUUGUCCGGACAAGCGUUAAUGUCGAGCCCUGUUAUGGGAUGUGCAAAUUCAUGCUCUCUCCCUCCAUGUAAAGAAAUGCGACUGCACACACUCACAUACAGAGGUACCAAGAGGCGGGACAGACAGCAGACUUCCCUGUCAUUGUUCACUUUGACUGACAGGCGCCUGUCCUCCUAUCAAUAGAUCGCUAGAAGAUGCAUAUCGUUCAUUCUAGCGCGGGAGGGCUCCGCAUACUUUUUUCUGACUACAGAAUUGAAAAGUAGCCUAGUUAAUUUAAGUAGAAAAAGUAGCCGUCUGAAAAUGAGUCUGUAAUUGGCUGCAUAGCCGACAGCCGGCGCUAGUGGAAAACACUGUGUACAGUAUAGCAAUGUUCAACUGCAGCUGCUUUACAUUCUGCUGCCCUCUUGUGUGUAUUGUUCGUUAUAGCUAUGUCCCAAAAUUCAGCUGGUAUCCACAAGUGUGCUAGAGAAAUGGACUCUCUCUGCCGCUUGAUUACUUUCACUGAAAAUGGAUUUGACCCCCCACUAGUGCAUCAUAUAAAGACUUAAUUUGUAAUGGUUUGAAUUUUGCAGUUGCUCAACAUUUUAAAGCUCUUUCUCCGUCUCUUCCUCCCUGCUCAGCCAUGGCCCAGUGUGUCCAACCUGGCGAAGGACUUCAUAGACCGUGUGCUGACAGUGGACCCCAGCGCGAGGUUGAAUGCAGGCCAGGCUCUGAAGCACCCCUGGGUCCUCAGCAUGGCUGCCUCGUCCUCCAUGAAGAACCUGCAGCGCUCUAUCUCCCAGAACCUCCUGAAGAGGGCCUCGUCACGCUGCCACAGCACCAAGUCCGCCCAGUCCACACGCUCCAGCCGCUCCACCAAGUCCAACAAGGCUCGCCGUGCUCGGGAGAAAGAGCUGCGUGAGCUCAACCGCCGCUACCAACAACAAUACAAUGGCUGAGUAAUAGUUACAUGGGCUGUAAUGUUGACAAACUCAUAAUAUUGCGUGUCUCAUUGAGACCACAAGCAGGGACUUACCAGCAGCGGUCUAGAACAGCACUUCAGCUCAGCAAUAACUUCAACAUCCAUCCUAGGCCAUGGUGCCACUGAGGCAGCAAACAAAACAUCCUCAGAUUUCACUCUUUUUCCUAGAUUCCUAUUUCCUCAUGUUUCUUUCCUGUCCUUGUGUGUCUCCUCAUAUUUAUUUAUUGUUGUCGUGAUUAUAUUGUUUCCGUAGAAAUGGUCACUUGAAGCUGUCCAUCUAAACGGAUCUGUUGAACAGGAUUCAAGAUAAUGAAGGUUUAGGAAGGGAUGUUAAAAUGCUGUUCCUACACGUUCCUGAUUAUUUGCUGUGAAUUUAUUAUGUUACAAGAACAGUGAGUUACUUGCUUUGGUGGAGAUCUAUAUCUGAUUAUAUCUUGAUGUGGACAAAAAAGACGAUGAUACUUUGUGCUAAAACACAAGUAUGUCAGUAAAGGCCAAAAUAAACAUUUAUUUAUUUAAUUUUGGUUUAGAAGUCAGGUAUAUCCAAUCUUAUUGUAUCCUGACCAGUUGCUUUCAUGGAUUGCAAAUUAAGUCUCUUUCUUGCCAGGAUUCAGUUUUUAUAACCUGUCCAUUCAUGAUUUUUUUCCUAUUUGUUCUGGGAUUAUUUUUUAACUGUGAGCUUAAAAGGCUGUGGGAGGUUGACUGGAAACUCUAAAUAAGGACGGAUGAUCGAGCGCUUUUGCAUCGAUUUCAUUGUGGGGACUGGGGACUGAUUCGGAUCAAACCUAGUCGUGUCUCUGCACUCCUGUUCCUGCUACACCGUCUGAGAUGGACAGCCUUGUUGUAAUCAAGUAUGCACGUCAAGUGAUGUGUAAUUUAACAAACUGAUGGAGAAUCGGUCGGAUACAUUUCUAACUGAUGGAGAAUAGUCCAAUGGUUGAAAGCUCAGUAUUCAUUUAAUUUGUUGUAUCAAAUAUUUCUUUCCAAUUUGUUCUGAGUAAUGCAGACGUCAUGUUUUUACUGUAUUUUUUUUCAAUAUUUUUAUUGAACAAACCGUGUAGUUAGUAGAUUGACAACAACAAAAUGUGUGCUGUAGUGGAUGCUUUGCCAGUCGUAGAGCCCACAGACGGCUGUUGGGAGGAGAGACCAAUUCAAAUCAGGCUUUUCUGCACUAUUGUCAAGUCUUAAUCAUCAAUAAAUAUUACCAUCAAAUUAUAGGAUUCAAAAUAAAUCUUAAGAUGACAACUAUUGCUUUAGUCUCUUAAAUGGAUGUCUUCAACGUUUCAGAGGUUUUAUUAUUUUGAGUAUAGCCUGUGAAUGCACUUAUUUAAGUGAUGGUUCAACAGCCUUAUCUCAUUUAGCCUACCAUUUUGAGAGGUCAUCCAAUAAUGUUUUGAAGGGCGUGAAAGCGAUUGUGUAAAAAAUACUUAUACCUCUUUGGUAUUUGUUGACAGGCUUAGUCGUAGGUUUUGUAUAUUAAUUACAAAUGCUCUUGUUAGUUAGCUCCUUUUGUAUUUACCUUUUUGUACUCCCCAACCAGGGCACCCAUAGUAAGCAAUUGGUUUGAUGUCGUAUACAGUAUGUACUUUUGAGCAAUUUGCGGCGAGAAGCGCUGGUAUUUUGAAGUGAAUUUAUCAAAGAUACUGGAAAUCCAACAGCGCCGUAUCACCUGACCUCAAUCUCUCGUUUGGUAAUUCUAUAAUGUUACAUUAUUCUCCAUCUAAACUCAGUCGGUCCUACUGCUGUUUAUUAUAGUUUAUCACAAUAAAGGGCAGUGGUGUCUUUCCCGCCCACAUACUUGGCCAACUGUCAAUGUAAUGGUAACUGACUAUUAAGACCAUCUCUGUCUGUCACGUGGUGCCUAUUAAUGUUAUUAAUGACAGUUGUAUUGGUGUGCAUGUUUCUGUAAGUAGACACUUUUUGGGAAUAACAAAUCAUUAAGAACACCUUCCUAAUAUAGAGUUGCACCCCCAGUUUUGCCCUCUGAUCAGCCUCAAUUUGUCGUGGCAUGGACUCUAAAAGGUGUUGAAAGCAUUCCACAGGGAUGCUGGCCCA